AUGUCCGCCCUCGACGCCCUCAAGCAGUACACCACCGUCGUCUCCGACUCGGGCGACUUUGAGUCGAUUGACGCCUACAAGCCCCAGGAUGCCACCACCAACCCCUCGCUCAUCCUGGCCGCCGUCAAGCAGGAGAAGUACGCUCGCCUGAUUGACGUCGCGAUCAAGUACGCCAAGGAGAAGGGCGGCGACAAGCAGGCUCAGCUGCAGAACGCCACCGACCGCCUGCUCGUCGAGUUUGGCAUCGAGAUUCUCAAGAUUAUCCCCGGCCGCGUUUCGACCGAGGUCGACGCCCGCCUGUCGUUUGACCGCGAGGCCACCGUGGCCAAGGCCAAGCACCUGAUUGCGCUGUACGAGGAGAACGGCGUCAAGCGCGAGCGCGUCCUGAUCAAGAUUGCCUCGACCUGGGAGGGCAUCCAGGCCGCCCGCGAGCUCGAGCGCGACCACAACAUCCACUGCAACCUGACGCUCCUCUUUGGCUUUGCCCAGGCCGUCGCGUGCGCCGAGGCCGGCGUCACGCUCAUCUCGCCCUUUGUCGGCCGCAUCCUCGACUACUACAAGAAGGCGAGCCCCGAGCAGGACUACAGCGGCGCCAACGACCCGGGCGUCAAGUCGGUCCAGAAGAUCUACAACUACUACAAGCAGCACGGCUACAAGACGAUUGUCAUGGGCGCGUCGUUCCGCUCGACGUCCGAGGUGCUCGAGCUGGCCGGAUGCGACUUCCUGACGAUUGCGCCCAAGCUGCUGGCCGAGCUCAAGGAGGCCAAGGGCCCCGUCGAGCGCAAGCUGUCGCCCGACAACGCCAAGGCGGCCGACGCCCAGGACAAGGUCAGCUACGUCGACAACCAGUCGGCGUUCCUGUUUGAGCUGGCCAAGGACCCCAUGGCCAACACCAAGCUGGCCGAGGGCAUCGCCGGCUUUGCCAAGGACGGCAACACGCUCGAGGAGCUCCUCUCGCAGAAGCUCUGA